GACGUUGGGGCCGCUGGGGCCGCACGCGCCCCGGGGCGGGCGCUACCCGGCCCCCGUCGCUCUGCCUUCGCUUUCCCUUCCCUUCCCCUCCUACUCCCGCCCGGCACAGCCCGGCUCCGUUCGGCUCGGCGCUGUGAUUGGGCGGAAGAUGGCGCUGGGCGGAUGGAAAUCCUAAUGACAGUCUCCAAAAUCGCCUCCAUCUGUACCAUGGGCGCCAAUGCCUCAGCUUUGGAGAAAGAGAUUGGUCCGGAACAAUUUCCAGUCAAUGAGCACUAUUUUGGUUUGGUUAAUUUUGGGAAUACCUGCUACUGUAAUUCAGUUCUUCAGGCACUUUAUUUUUGUCGACCAUUUCGAGACAAAGUCUUAGCAUACAAGAGUCAACCAAGAAAAAAAGAGAAUCUCCUUACAUGCUUAGCUGAUCUGUUCCACAGUAUUGCAACCCAGAAGAAGAAAGUUGGAGUAAUACCUCCCAAGAAAUUUAUAACAAGAUUACGAAAAGAAAAUGAGCUUUUUGAUAACUACAUGCAGCAGGAUGCACAUGAGUUCUUAAACUAUCUAUUAAAUACAAUUGCGGAUAUCUUGCAAGAGGAAAGAAAACAAGAGAAACAAAAUGGUCGCCUACCUAAUGGCAACAUCGACAAUGAAAAUAACAGCCCGCCAGACCCAACCUGGGUUCAUGAAAUCUUUCAGGGAACAUUAACUAAUGAAACCAGAUGUCUUACGUGUGAAACUAUAAGCAGCAAAGAUGAAGACUUCUUAGACCUUUCAGUUGAUGUGGAGCAGAGUACUUCAAUCACUCACUGUUUAAGGGGUUUCAGCAACACAGAAACUCUGUGCAGUGAAUACAAAUACUACUGUGAAGAAUGUCGCAGUAAGCAAGAAGCACAUAAAAGGAUGAAAGUAAAAAAGCUGCCUAUGAUUCUAGCUCUCCAUUUGAAGAGAUUUAAAUACAUGGAUCAGCUGCAUCGAUACACAAAACUCUCUUAUAGAGUAGUUUUUCCUUUAGAGCUUCGUUUGUUUAACACCUCAGGAGAUGCCACCAAUCCUGACAGAAUGUAUGACCUUGUUGCUGUGGUAGUUCAUUGUGGAAGUGGCCCUAACAGAGGACAUUACAUUGCAAUUGUGAAGAGUCAUGAUUUCUGGUUGCUUUUUGAUGAUGAUAUUGUUGAGAAAAUUGAUGCACAAGCUAUUGAAGAAUUCUACGGGUUGACAUCAGACAUCUCAAAGAACUCCGAGUCCGGUUACAUCCUCUUCUAUCAGUCUCGGGAUUGAGGGGAAACUGUAGUGAAGAGAGAUUUUCAUGUCUCACAUCUCUAUCUUGGAAUGGAGGAAGCACUGAGAAAAAGGAAAGGAGGGAGCUCCAGGGGCAGUGGCACAGUUUGCACACAACUAAGCAAAGAGUUUGGGAUUAUUGAGACCUUUGUAUCAUUUUAAUUUUAUUUGCUCAGGUAUCAUGCUUACUACCCAUCUCCACUGCAUCCCAUAAGCAAAAAGAGAGAUACCAGCCACUCUUGCAGGAGCUUUCUGUUAGUUAAUACUAUAUCUGUGGUCCUAAUUCAAAACCCAUUAAGGUCACUGGAGAACCUUUCAUGGACUUCAGUGGAGUUUGAAUCAGGUUCUAACUGCACUGCCAGGUUGGUGCAAUAGGAGCAUUAGAAAUCUGUAUUUUAUACAGACUUUGUGUGUAAAAGGUAAAGGACUCUUUGUGAACUUAGAUUCCCGUGCUUAAGUUUAAAAGAAUGAGGUUCAGGGGAUAACGUGUAAGCGAGAAGAUAUAUCUGGGCCCAACACAAUUGCCUUCUUGAUGGUAGUCGUUUAACUGAAGAUUUAAACUGGUGUCAGGGAGGCAAGUAUGUUUUGCUUCUCUGAAGAAGCUUACGUUAUUUAUAAUGUAUGACCGGGAACAAUCAGUCAAGAUUAUGGCUUUUAAUCUCCGUAUGGGGAAAGAUUUGGUUUGUAAUAGUUUAUUUUUAUUUAUAAAUUAUUGUAACUUAGGAUCUUGUGUAUUGUCCUUUAUUCUAACAAGUAUUGGAAAUUUUAUAUAUUAAUUUGAAUUAAAACUAAUUAUGUUUAAAUGUUAAGCAAGAGCCAAUAUAAAUUCUAAAAAUAGUGCUUAUGAUAUCUGUCAAAAAAUGAAUAACACAGAAGAGAGAUUUCCUUCUGGAGGAACUGGUAUCUAAGUGAGGUACUUUAAUAAAUUAGAAUAUCCUCUUUCCAUUAAUGGGUGAAAAAAAGGUGAUCAAACUAUUAGAAGCCUUCAAAAAUGCAUAUCAUAAGAAAAUGAUGGUGCAGUGGUGGUAUACUGGUCUUUAUAGUUUGUUAUAGGUUGUUAAUGGUUCAUACAAAUUAGAAUGAUUUAGAUAAACCAUUUCAAGAAUAUUAUUCCCGUUCCUAAAAAUGGAUCUUUUUCUCUUCCUAGCGUCAUGGGUGACUCUCAAAAGCCACUCAAGGUCUCAAGUAUAAAUGAUGUCUGAGUAGUAAGAAGAAAUAAGUUUGGAAUUUCGUGAGACUGAAGAUACCACAUUCCUCUAAAAGUAAUAAUUCUUAAAUCCCUUAGAGUCAAAAUUUCUGAAACUAGGCAGUUUGUCUUGCUUUACGUUUAUGAAAUAGCAUUAAGAAUUAAAUUUUGACAAAACACCUGAUCUGUGAACUACUGUGAUUUGACAUUCUUCCACUUACCAGGAUGUUGCCUGACAGUAGCUGAAUGUAAUUUCUGGAAAGUCAUGGGAUGUGCAUUCCAGAUUAUGGCAAUCAGGUCUUGGAUGUCCUUGUCACUCCCUCUUCAGCUAGUGAUUUUUACAUUAUUGUCAUUUUCUAAUGUUAUUUUAUUGAUACUGUUACAACUUUUAAAAAGAAUGUCUCCUAUCUGCUGCUAUAACUGACUAUUUACUUACCUGUAUCUUUUAGCUCAGGAAAUGACCACCUAUUCACUCAGUUGAACAAAUCUUUAACAGGGUCACUAAAUAAAUUGGGCUAUUUAGCAACUGUCAUACUGUAAGAAAUCGCUUUUGUUAAAUGCAAAGUUUCUAAAGCUUUCUAAAGCUUGGUUUGGCUGGAAUUCUUUUAUAGAAAAUUGUGUAUCAUGAUUAAACUACCAGCAUUGUAAAGAACAGCUUCAAAUAUUAUGUGAGAUGCAGAAAAUAUGACUGGAUUUUUCUAAAGGGAUUCAAGUAAUUUGAAGUCCUUUUUUCAGCUUUCAGUGGCAAAAAGGUUAAGGGGUGAAUCAGUUGGAUAAUGGUGCAUGUUAGAAGGAUGAAGUCCUUUGCAUACUAAAGGUACAGUAUUGUAGAAGAACUGUCACAUUACUUUUUGCUAAUUCAAUAUCUGGGGUUUUGUCUUUUUUUUUUUUUUUUUUCUUUUUUUUCUGUUUGGAUUUUGGUUUGUUGGGUUUUUUUUUAGUGUAGUAAAAAGCUGAGAUUAGUCGCUAAAUAGUUUAUGCCCUAAAAAAAUUGAAAACAUUUUUGUUGUUUCACUGGUUUUACUCCUGCUGUGUAUUUUUAUAAGAUACUGACUUUUAUUUUGCAUAGGGGCUUUGAGGUAGUAUUCCAAAUUAUAUAUUUCAUUUUUAUUUUAGUGCAGUUGAAAUGAUUGUAAAUUCUUAAUUAAACUGGUAUCAGAAGCUGCAACUUAAAACACUGAAAAGACAGAAAAGUGCAAAAUAUAACUGAUGGGUAUGUAAAACGUUAUGGGCUUUUUUUUCUUGGCUGUAAUACAGGAGGGAGCCUGGGAAAGUCAUCAGUUGUUGUAAAUGGUGGAAAUUAUUUGCUGUGUAACUAUGUAAAUGUUAAUUGGGACUACAGUCCCUUAUUUUGUAUAUUGGAGCAAAAACCUUCUAUUAAAUAAAGUAUGUUCUCUAAAGGUAAGUACUGUAUCCUUUGUGGAUCCUGAAUGGUCAGCCAGCUGCCAUGUGUGCUUUUCAGUGUUUUCAAACCUUAAAAGUAUCUGGAAUUUCCUGUAUUAAGCUAACUGCCAUGAGCCAUGGAAGGAGAAGUGUGUUUAAAUACACUGCAUUAUAUAUCUUA